AUGGCUCCAGAACCAAGGGAUGUAUCAUGGAGGACUUUGGCAAUUCCAUAUAGAAUACUUCCACUUUACAAAAUUGGAGUUGUUCUUGCAGCAUCACUUCUUACAAUUUUCUUUGCUAUCCCAGUCACUGCUGUUCAAGGAAUUGCCAAAUAUGAGAAACUGAAGAAAUGGUUUCCUCCAGUCAUGGCUGUAGAAUUAAUAGUAACAGUUGCUAAAAAUUCUUCAAACUUCAGUAUUCAAGAUGUAUAUGCAAUUGUGUACGAGACAUGUGGACAAUACUGGCCAUACAUUCAUCACUAUAUUCUUGUUGCAAUUGUUCUCAUGCAAAUUACCAUGAUUGGUCUUUUCGGACUCAAGUCAAUGCCAGCUGCUUCCAUAUCAAUAAUUCCACUGCUCUUGCUCACUUUGAUGUUUAAUGAGUACUGCAAGAAACGUUUUCUCCCCACAUUCCAUCAUUACUCUAUCCAGGUCGCCGUGAAAACACUCUUUUACGGCGAGAGAAUUCUCUGCGACCACGUUUUCUCAGCCUCAGAUUCUAUCAGAGAGUCUUGCUUCUCUGAGAUUUCCAAAGAGGCCGCACUAAUCCUGUUUGGAUUCCCGGAAACCGUGGCAAAGUGCAAGAAAACCCCCGAGAAAAUGUUUCGCACUCUGGACCUAUACGAAGCAAUAUCAGAUCUCUCGCCUGAAAUCCAAUCCAUCUUCUCGUACGAGUCAACCUCCACCGUCCGAUCACAGGCCAUUAAUUCCUUGAUCAAACUCGGCGAUGCGGUGCGUACAAUGUUAAUGGAUUUCGAAACCGCCAUUCAAAAAGACCCGUCAAAAGCUACAGUCCGAGGCGGUGGGGUCCACCCAUUGACACGUUACGUGAUGAACUAUAUCUCUCUCCUCGCCUAUUACAGUUGCGCACUCGCCGAUAUAGUCGCCGACUGGCCGUUAAAUCUACAAACGCCGUUACCUGAAUCAUAUUAA